AUGGCGCCCCGCAUUGUAGUUCCCAUCGACCAGCACUGGUCCUUCAAGCAAGCGGAUAAAGAUGACAACACAUAUCUUCCUGUCGGACAGUUCCCGACGCAUGUACACCUAGAUCUUCUGUCACACAAGCUCAUCCCUGAUCCUUAUAUCGGCAAGAAUGAACUUGAAGUUCAGUGGAUCGGAGAAAAAGCCUGGGUGUACAAGACGUCAUUCAAGUCCCCAACCGUUGAAGGCUCUGCCAAAGCUGUGUUGGCUUUCGACGGUCUCGACACUUUCGCCACGGUGGUGCUCAACGGCAAGAUCAUUUUAGAGACAGAGAAUAUGUUCCUCCCAGAACGCGUAGAUGUGACAUCUGUCUUGAAGCUAGACGGCGAGAACGAGCUCGUGAUCAGCUUUGACAGUGCCUACUUGCGAGGUUGGAAAUUGGUUGAGAAAUAUCCAGACCACAAAUGGGGCUGCUGGAAUGGUGAUAGUUCUAGACUUGCAGUGCGCAAGUCACAGUACCAUUGGGGUUGGGAUUGGGGCCCGGCUUUGCUCACUUGCGGCCCCUGGCGACCGAUCAAUCUUGAGGUGUAUGAUUCCAAGAUAUCCGACCUGUGGUGUGAUAUUGACGUUGAAGAGUCACUGAGGACUGCCACUGUCAAGGUUAACACAAGUGUCGACGGAAACACCGCUAAGGUGCGCUUCGACGUUUCCUUGAAUGAUCAAUCACUAGCUGGCCAGGAGGUCGAAGGUACAGACGCGACUUUCACUAUCAAUGAUCCGGAGUUAUGGUACCCUGUUCGAUAUGGAAAGCAGCCUCUCUACACCAUCAAGGCCACCUUGUUAGAGAAUGGCAUAGAGAUUGAUUCAGUCAGCAAGAAAAUCGGAUUGAGAAGAGCACAACUUGUCCAAAGGCCAUUAAAAGAGCAGCCUGGGACUUCAUUCUUUUUUGAGAUCAACAAUAUUCCCAUCUUCUGUGGGGGUAGUGAUUGGAUUCCGGCAGAUAACUUCAUCCCGCGAAUCAGCAAGGAGAGAUACUACGAUUGGGUCAAGCUCGUAGCGGAUGGCAACCAAUUCAUGAUUCGAGUCUGGGGCGGAGGUAUCUAUGAGGAACAAGCCUUUUAUGAUGCCUGCGAUGAGCUAGGUAUCCUCGUGUGGCAAGACUUUAUGUUCGGCUGCGGCAAUUAUCCAGCGUGGCCAGAGCUCCUUGAUUCUAUCAAGAGGGAGGCUGAGGAGAAUAUCAAGCUGCUCAGACACCAUCCCAGUAUCGUUAUUUGGGCUGGCAAUAACGAGGACUACCAGUACGCUGAGAGUGAAAACUUAACCUGGGAUCACAAGGAUCACAACGCUGAAGGCUGGUUGAAGACCGACUUUCCUGCCCGUUACAUCUACGAAAAGAUUCUACCAGAUGCUUGCAAAGAAUUAAUACCUGCCACCUACUAUCAUCCAGGCAGUCCCUGGGGUGGUGUAGAUACGCACGAUCCAACAGUGGGAGAUAUCCACCAGUGGAAUGUGUGGCAUGGAACUCAGGAGAAGUAUCAGAACUUUGAUAAGCUUGUGGGCCGCUUCGUAUCUGAAUUCGGAAUGGAGGCAUUCCCUUCUGUCAAGACCAUUGAUGCAUUCCUCCCACUUGGCAAGGAUGAUCCUGACCGUUAUCCCCAAUCGUCCACUAUCGACUUCCACAACAAGGCAGACGGGCAUGAGCGCCGCAUUGCUCUAUACCUGGUUGAAAAUAUGCGCUACGCACCAGAUCCACUAGAGCAAUUCGUCUACUGCACCCAGCUUAUGCAGGCUGAAUGUCUUGCCUCGGCUUAUCGUCUCUGGAAGAGGCAGUGGAAGGGACCCGGUCGGGAAUACUGUGCCGGUGCCUUGGUCUGGCAGAUCAACGACUGCUGGCCCGUGACGAGUUGGGCCAUCUGCGAUUACUAUCUUCGUCCGAAGCACGCGUACUAUACUGUGAAGCGCGAGAUGGCGCCGAUUAGCGUUGGCAUGACGAGGCGCGAGCACAAGACGCCUCGCGACAAAUACACCCGUGUCUAUAUUGACACCAAGGUCCAGGUUGAGAUAUGGGGUUCCAACUUGAUGCUGGAAGAUCUUGAGGUUGACUGUAUCGUCAAGGCUUGGGAUGUCGAAACAGGCAAAGAAACGUACUCCAAGACCGUAGCUGAGAAGCUGCGUUUGCCCAAGAACCAGAGCACGGAAGUGAUCGCCAUGGAUGUCCCGGCUACCAAAAAGGGCGAGGAGGGAAAGACAGUCGUGGCAAGCUAUUUGAUCCAGAACGGCAAGCAGAUUGCUCGGUACGUCAACUGGCCGGAGCCGCUCAAGUAUCUCCAUCUGCAAAAGCCCGAGCAUCUCAAGGCGGUGCUGAGUGAUGACGCCACGAGCGUUGCUAUUAGUGCCGAGGUACCAAUCAAGGGUGUUGCAUUAGAGUGCGAGGAUGACGAUGUAAAGUUUGAUGACAAUUUGGUGGACAUUGUACCUGGCGAGACUGUGAUCAUUGCAGUCAAGGGUGCAAAGAAGUCGUCCAAGAUAACAACGCGCUACUUGGGCAUGAUCUAG